AUGCGCAUUCUCAGUGGCAUUCUUGUGAUUUACAUAAUCUCCGGUGUCCUCUUUGGUCAUUUAGUCUACGUGGCUCGAGGACGAGCUCAUUACCACAAGAGACGUGGUCUCUCGAACCCUCCUCCUCCUCCACCUCCGGUUGUAACCGCUGAUCCACCUCAAGUCCCCUCUGACCCGUACCCAAAUCCAGACCCGAAUCCAGACCCGGCUCCUGGAAGUUCCGACUCGGAUUGCAUCUUCGACGUGACGUCGUUUGGGGCAGUGGGUGAUGGCUCAUGCGACGAUACGGCAGCGUUUCGAGAUGCAUGGAAAGCCGCUUGUGCUGUUGAGUCCGGCGUCGUUUUGGCACCUGAAGGCGGCGUUUUUAAAAUCACUUCCACUAUUUUCUCCGGUCCAUGUAAACCGGGUCUCGUAUUCCAGUUGGACGGAGUGUUGAUGCCACCGGACGGACCAGAGGAAUGGCCAGAGACAGACAGUAAAAGCCAGUGGUUGGUUUUUUACCGCCUUGACGGUAUCACGUUUGCCGGCAAAGGCACCGUCGAAGGCAACGGCCAAAAAUGGUGGGACCUACCUUGCAAGCCCCACCGGGGUCCAGACGGAUCAUCAUCAUCAGGACCAUGUGUUAGCCCAACUAUGAUUCGGUUCUUCAUGAGCAAGAACAUAGAAGUGAAAGGAUUAAGAAUCCAAAACAGUCCAAUGUUCCACAUGAAAUUCGACGGAUGUGAAGGAGUUCUAAUCAACGAGAUCCAAAUUUCAUCACCAAAACUCAGCCCCAACACAGAUGGUAUUCAUCUUGGAAACACAAGAUCGGUUGGCAUUUACAAUUCUCUCGUUAGCAACGGGGACGACUGCAUUUCGAUUGGAACUGGUUGUUCAGAUAUUGACAUUCAAGGUGUCACUUGUGGCCCCAGUCACGGGAUCAGCAUUGGGAGCUUAGGCGUUCAUAAUUCUCAAGCAUGCGUUUCCAACAUAACCGUUCGAAACACCAUGAUUCGCGAUUCCGAUAACGGCCUCCGAGUCAAAACAUGGCAAGGCGGCACCGGAUCCGUCUCCAACCUCCUGUUCGAGAACAUCCAGAUGGAGAAUGUCCUCAACUGCAUCAUCGUCGAUCAAUACUACUGCCAAGCCAAGGACUGCCGUAACGAGACGUCGGCGGUUCGAGUCUUCGACGUCGAGUACCGUAACAUCAAAGGGACUUAUGACGUCAGGAGCCCGCCGAUCCACUUCGCCUGUAGCGACACCGUCGCUUGCACGAAUAUAACGAUGUCGGAGGUCGAGCUUUUGCCGGAGGAAGGCGAGCUCGUCGACGAUCCGUUUUGUUGGAACGCUUACGGGACUCAGGAGACGUUGACGAUUCCUCCGAUCGAUUGUUUGCUUGAUGGUUCUCCGGUGGUGGAGGAAGCGUAUGAACCGCAUUACGGUUGCUGA